AUUUUCGUUUAAAAGUCGUGCGGAAUACAAUUAUUUAAAAAAAGUAUAAAUAUACUGUUUUAUUUUUCUUAUUUGAUAUAUAGGCUGUCAAUACUGGCAAUGUUUUUAUCAAAAUGGCCGUACGACUUCCUGCUGGACCACGUGGCUUAGCUCGAAAAUUAGCCGUUACAGGUUUUGAAUUGUGAAACUUGAAAGCUCCGACUCAUUUCUUCCGGGACAGCACUUUUUCCAGAGAAUAAAGUCAAAAUGGCACCGAAGAGCAACAACAUGAUACCGAACGCCCAUUUUCAUAAGAAAUGGCAAGACUACGUGAGGAUUCGUUUCAACCAGCCGGGACGAAAGCAGCGACAACGUCUUAAGAGGAUCAAGAAGCAUGCCAGGCUAGCACCUCGUCCGACUAAAAAGCUUCGCCCUGCAGUAAGAUGUCCAACUGUCAGGUAUCACAUGAAACUUAGAGAAGGAAGAGGCUUUACUCUUGAGGAAGUAAGAAGAGCAGGCUUGUGCCCUGCGUACGCAAGAACAAUCGGUAUUACGGUUGACCCAAGGAGACGUAACAAGUCCGUCGAAGGGAUCCUUCUCAAUGUCCAGCGGCUUAAGGAGUACAAAUCAAGGUUGAUCCUUUUCCCUAAGAGCAGCAGGGACAAAUUACGCAAGGGACAAGAGUCAACCAAGGAAGAGCGUUCACUCGCCAAACAGUACACAGGGAAGUUGCUUCCAAUAAAGCAGACAAAUGUAAACACAAAAGCGCGCCAGGUCACAGAAGAGGAGAACAAGUUCUCUGCCUGGGAAGCAUUACGCAAAGCCAGAAAGGAGGUGAAAAUGUUGGGAAAAAACAUCAAGAAAAUGAAAGAGGCGGCUGAAUGUUACGAUGAUGGAGGCAAACUAAGAACGCGCAAGAAAAAAUCAGAUGAUUAAAAAAAAUGUAAAUGUUA